CAACUAGUUUUCUUCGAACUCAUUUGAAGCUUGAUCGGGAACCCCAUCUCUUCUAAUCAUUACUACCACAAGCCCUGGCACAAAAGGAAAAAGAAUAGAAUGAAAUCCUUCCUUCAGACAAUUUUUUAUUCAGCUUUUUAGCAUUAAGCCUUUAGCAUCAUGAUUGUUAUAAUUGCUGCCAUUAUGACCAUCAUUAUCAAUAAAACCUUGCUCUACUUUUAAAGUCACUAUAUAAGAAAUUAAGAUGCAGAUCGACUAAAACACUUUGACACAAUCAGCUGUUUUUAAAGGAUGCUGAAGAAAGGUUCCAUAACCAUAUCAAGGUUUCCAAAUUCAACAGUGUUGGUAGGGUGGUGCCGGGGGAGGAGGCGGCUGCGGAGGAGAAGCGGGAACACCAUACGGUUGGGGAAUAAGGCUAAGCGGCGAGGGUUCAGCCUAGGGUCACGUCCAGUGGUUCAAUGGUGUGUCAUGGUAGGUCAUCUGAAAAUGCUGAAGAAGAUCAUCAUGGAAAUCACACCCAAGUUUAUAGAGGCUUAUUAUAUGUACUCACCCAUCUUACGCCCUCAAUUAUUUCCUUUGUGUUGAUAUAAUUUGGAUACUUUCUUUUGGCUUUAUUUUUCUUUGUCUUUUUUCUACUGUUAAAUGAUGUGCUUAAGGUACAUGACUUCAUCUACAAUGAUCUGGUAACAACAAAAUCAAAUGUUGCCAAUCUUGACCAAAUUAUGAAGCCUGCAGCCCUUAUGAUGUUGAAGAUUAAACAUCCUUCCUGUAUGUUUUUACAUUC